AUGUCGGUGCUGCAUGAAAUUGAAAAACGAUUUGAUCAGCAGCAUCGCGAAAAUCAUCCAGUAAGAGAGCCAAAUCGACGGAGUAGCAUUUUGGUGGGUCGCCGAUCGUUGGAACUCACCGAAGAGUACGGCGAUAAAGAGCCAAGGUUUGUAAAACUUAUAGUGAAACUUUACAAGCAGUGGGGCUUUAUUAUUACGAAAUGGGCUUGGCUCGCGGUUUUCACGUGCCUCACAUUGUCCGUCCUUGGAACACUCAAAAUACUACAAACAAAGCAAAAAAAUGAACUCACUGGUUACGUGCCAUUUGAAGCGCGGUCCCGUGUUGAAUUCGAGCAAUACACCUCAUUCUUUGCUCAUAGUGGCCUGCCGAUUGCAAGUUACAUAUUUUUAGCUCCUAAAGAUGGCGGUUCAAUUCUGCGAGAUGAUUAUCUUAUGGAAACUAUUAAAAUUUUAAACCUGGCGAUGGGGAACGUAACUAUGUUUAAUCGAGAUUUGAAUAGAAGUCAGUCAUUUGAGGAAUUCUGUAUAAGUUUCUGCAUCGCGAAUGAGCCAGUUCGGCAAUUCUAUAAUGGGUGGCAAAUCCAGAAAUUGUCCAUUGAACGAGGAGAUGGGGUUAAUGAUGUGAUAAAGCUCGAUUAUCCAACAAGCUCAAUUUUCGAUAAGAAAUUCAGUUUGCAACCGAAUUUUUUUGGUGUUGAGCUAUAUGAUACAAAAGAAUCGUCCGAUGAUGGUGAUACUUAUUCAUCUAAUUUGACUGAUAUUAAUGAAUCUGCUGCAAAUAAGAGCUUAUCAGAACAACGAAUGCUAACGAAUAUGAAAAUCGCUAGAAUAAUAGCAUUACAGUUCCGCGCUGAGCAUUUACCGGCUUGGUCAACAGAUGAUGUUAAAGAUUGGGAAUUACGACUCGUGAAAUUUUUUGAAGAUGAAUACAAAUCCGAUUUAUUAAAAAUUUUCGUUCUAUCGCAAACGUACAUUGAAACAGAGAUGGUGCGAGCUGGUGCUUCAUUACUACCAUAUCUCACUGUUGGCUUUUUUAUUAUGUGUACGUGCUCAGUGGUCACAGUUACGAUUCGAGCUGCUUAUAUGCACCAAAAUAAUUUCUAUAAGGUCAUUUUAUCUAUAGGUUAUGUUUCUGUUGUUUAUUGGUCAAACGUUCUAGAGAAAGCAGUACCAAUAGCAUUAGUAUUAACAGUAGCAGAAGUGAUACUGGCAGUGAUGGCCUGUAUAACACCGUUGCUUGCUUGCCAAACUGCAUUGGCAGUACUCUUUCUCGUUGGCCUACGAUUUUCGUCCAUUUUAUGCGUUAUACCAUUCCUUGUGCUUUCAAUUGGAGUCGACAGUUCGUAUUUAAUGAUUCACGAGUGGCAACGAGUAACUAAAGAAAUUCAUGAUGGGCAAAAGAAACCUGAUAAUGUAUUAAGUGAAGUUGGUCCAGCAAUUCUCAUAUCUGCUUUAACAAAUAUCCUAGCCGAUGGCGUCGGUUGUUGGACUUCAUCGCCGGAAAUACGACUAUUAUGUCUUGGGAAUUUAUUUUCGAUGUUCAUGGCGUAUAUAUAUCAGAUGACUUUUUAUUCUGGUUUAAUGUCAAUUGUUGGUAGAUUAGAAAUCGAAGGCGAAAAAAAGAAUAAUAAUACUAUGGAAAUCAGCAUAAAAGAUAUGAAAGUCAACAUUCGUCGUGAUAGCGCAAUCUUUCAACGUCGAAGCUCACGUUUUCACGACACGUCAAAACUUUACAUAAGCAAAUACAUGAGAGUUUAUGUUGAAUUUAUGACUCAAACGAUCACUUCAUUAUUUAUUAUUCUCACUUAUUUAUUCUAUCUUUUUACGUCAAUAUGGGGAAUAACACGAAUUAAUAUAAAUCUUACAUCUCAAAAGCUUUUUGCGCAAGAUUCUCCACUUAUUGAAUUGGAUAAACUCCGUGUGCAAUACCAAGUACCAACCUACACUAUAGCGACAGUAUUCAUCAAUAAAGCAGGAAAUUUAUCGGACUCUUCUCGAAUUGGGCUAAUAAAUAAAAUGGUUGAUGAAUUCGAAGCGAUUCAUGGGAACUGGGGCCCUGUUGGUACAAUGUACUUUUUGAGAGAUUUUGUUAAAUUCGAAAAAGAGUACCAGUCGGGAGACUAUGAUUAUGACAGCGCGGAUGAUGGUGAUGGAAACAUAUCAACGACAACAACAACAGCAAUAAUCACUCCAUCAAAUAGCGGUUUAGAAUUGAGACAAGAAGAUAUCGAAGCAUUUUUAAGCUGGCCAGAGUACAGUAUUUGGAAUGGAUUUGUCUAUUUGGGCAGUGAUAAUGAUACGGCUGAGUAUAGAAAAAAAUUUAAGGAGAAAUUGAAUUUCAGUGCAAAAAAUAUAAGCCGCUUUUUUUUUAUAACUGCUUAUAAAGGAGAAUGGUUAAUUGAUUGGGUUGAAAGAGGAAAUUUAUUGAAAAAAUGGCGAAAAAUUGUCGAUGAUCCGAUUUACCGGUCAUUUCACGCAUCAGUCUUCCAUGAAGAUGGGGUGUUUUUGGAUUUAAUUGACAAUAUGACAACUGAUACGUGGCAGUCAAUAUUGGGCACUUUGAUUUGUAUGGCAGCUGUUUGUUUUCUUUUCCUCAGAAGUCCAAUAACUGUUGCAAUAGCGACAAGUAGUGUCCUAUCAAUUUGUAUCGGCAUAUUGGGCAUUGGAUCAUGGCUAGGCAUUGACUUAGAUCCAAUAACGAUGGCUGCUAUGAUUAUUUCUAUUGGAUUUAGUGUUGAUAUACCAGCACAUGUAUCCUAUCACUACUAUAAAGCUUGUGAAAGCGGUCCAAAUGCUACUUCUCAGGCAAGGCUUGGUAAUUGCCUCUCUUUAGUGGCGUUUCCAGCAGUUCAAGCAGCUUUAUCAACAAUUUUCUGUAUCAUUAGUUUGCUAUUCGUUCCAAUUUAUAUGUCUAAGGUGUUCGUGAAGACGAUGGUAGUUUGUGUCUUAUUGUGCAAUAUUCAUGGACUUAUAUUUUUGCCGGCAAUAUUAUCUACUGUGGAUCAAAUUAUCUCAAAAAUAUGCCGAAAUAAACCAAAGCAGAAACAAGGUCCACGAAAGAAACAGCUACGAAGUUUAGAACGGUAUCGUAUUUCAGCAGCUGAUACUGAUCCAACCAGAGUUGAUCGGCCUACCAUUGUCGAAUAA